GGUGGCGGGGUGACCGAGGUGGCCGGGACUGCAGGGUGGAUCCUCCCCCAGGCGGGGCGGGAUUUGCGCCCAGCGCUCCGGAGAUGCCUGCAGAGCCCGAGAUGGCACCUACUGGAGGUCCCCGGCCCAAGAGGGGUAUUUUGGAGCGUCUGGACCAAGGGGAGGUAGUGAUUGGGGACGGCAGCUUUCUCAUCACUCUGGAGAAGAGAGGCUAUGUGAAGGCAGGGCUCUGGACUCCGGAAGCCGUAGUAGAACAUCCAGAUGCAGUUCGUCAGCUUCACAUGGAAUUCUUGAGGGCGGGGUCAAAUGUCAUGCAGACGUUCACCUUUUCUGCCAGUGAGGACAGCAUGGACAGCAAGUGGGAAGAGGUAAAUUCUGCUGCUUGUGACCUUGCCAAAGAAGUGGCUGGCAAAGGUGAUGCUUUGGUAGCAGGGGGAAUCUGCCAGUCAUCGAUGUACAAAUACCACAAGGAUGAAGCUAGAAUUAAAAAACUUUUCCGACUACAGCUGGAGGUUUUUGCCAGGAAAAACGUGGACUUCCUGAUUGCAGAGUAUUUUGAGCAUGUGGAAGAAGCUGUGUGGGCUGUGGAAGUCUUAAAAGAACUGGGCAAGCCGGUGGCAGUGACCAUGUGCAUCGGCCCUGAGGGAGACAUGCAUGGGGUGACACCUGGAGGGUGUGCUGUGCAGCUGGCGAAGGCAGGGGCUGACAUCAUUGGUGUGAACUGCAGAUUUGGGCCCAGAACCAGUUUGCAGACGCUGUGCUUCAUGAAGCAGGGCCUGGGGGCUGUCGGGCUGAGCCCCCACCUGAUGGUGCAGCCCCUGGGCUUCCACACGCCUGACUGUGGCAAAGGGGGCUUCGUGGACCUCCCGGAAUAUCCCUUUGGACUGGAGCCCAGAGUCGCAACCAGAUGGGAUAUUCAGAAAUACGCCAGAGAGGCCUACAACCUGGGGGUCCGAUACAUUGGUGGGUGCUGUGGGUUUGAGCCCUACCACAUCAGGGCGAUUGCGGAGGAGCUGGCCCCAGAAAGGGGAUUUUUGCCACCCGCUUCUGAAAAGCACGGGAGCUGGGGAAGUGCUCUCAAUAUGCAUACCAAACCCUGGAUUAGAGCAAGGGCUAGAAGGGAAUAUUGGGAGAAUCUGCUGCCAGCUUCAGGCAGACCUUUCUGUCCUUCACUAUCAAAGCCAGAUGUCUAAGGAGCAGCAAAAGAAAAUACUGAAAUAACAGAACUUCACGGUGCCAAAGCCCUGUGUGGAACUGGUCUCACCAUCUUCAGCCUGCCCAUCAUCCUAGCCCUGAGUGGCCAGGGGAUGCACCCUUGGCUCCUGUUCGGCUUGUGUCCAGUAGACAGCAGCACAGGACAUAGCAGGAGAGGCAGAGGACUGAGCCCCUUGUCCCCGAGUACUCAUGGUCACCAGUACUUUGCUGUGUUCUUCUGAAGAUCAUCAAGAACAGCCAGGCUUGACAUUUUAAAAUAACCAGAAGCCCCAGAGGGCUGGGAAUUUAUCUCAGUGGUGCUGCCGCCUGCGUCAUAAGCACAAGAACCGGAGUUUGGUCCCAUACCAAAAAUAAAAUAAAAUAAAAUAAGAAGCCCAGAAAGCAAGCAUGGCAAUAACUCAAGUGCCUGAGCUAGGUGCUUGGGAAGAGAGGCAACACUCAAAGGAAAGCAGCCACUGCCUUCUUCACUGAUUUGUGUAAGGGC